CCAGCCAUCGACCUCACCCAGCAUCUCAUGGAGGAUGGGAGCUUCGUUAGUACACAAGAGCGAGUCAUCAAGGAUGUUCAAGCGCCCGCAAUGAACGUGCCCACCGACGAGCAGUUUUACUCCAGCGCCGACCCCUCCAAGCCCGAUAUUGCCUUUCUCAGGAAUCAUUUCUAUCGGGAAGGGCGAGUGACGGAGGAGCAGGCGCUGUUUAUCAUUGAGAAGGCAACGGACAUCCUGAAGAAUGAACCCAAUGUGCUGGAUGUGGAUGCACCUAUCACUGUCUGUGGCGACAUUCACGGCCAAUAUUAUGACCUGAUGAAACUCUUUGAAUAUGGGGGGAAUCCGGCGGACACACGAUACCUCUUCUUAGGCGACUACGUCGACCGCGGAUACUUCUCCAUUGAAUGCGUUCUAUAUCUUUGGUCUCUGAAGAUCUGGUACCCCAGUACCGUGUUCCUGCUCCGAGGCAACCACGAAUGCAAGCAACUCACCGAGUAUUUCACUUUCAAACUAGAGUGCAGACACAAAUACUCCGAUAGGAUCUAUGAAGCAUGUCUUCAAUCUUUCUGCUGCUUGCCGCUGGCGGCUAUCAUGAAUAAGCAGUUCCUCUGCAUUCACGGUGGGCUCUCUCCCGAGCUGCGUACCCUUGAUGAUCUACGAAAUAUCUACCGAUUCCGUGAGCCGCCAACACACGGUCUCAUGUGUGACAUCUUGUGGUCCGACCCUGUGGAGAAUUUCGGCGAGGAGAAGACGAUAGACAAGUUUGUUCAUAAUCACGUUCGAGGAUGCUCGUUCUUUUUCACAUAUGCCGCCGCAUGCGAUUUCCUCGAUAGAAACAACUUACUCUCCAUUAUCCGUGCGCAUGAAGCACAGGACGCAGGCUACCGGAUGUAUCGAAAGACGCAAACGACAGGAUUCCCUUCCCUGAUGACUGUGUUCUCUGCACCCAACUAUCUCGACCUUUAUCAGAAUAAGGCCGCAGUUCUCAAGUAUGAGGCGAACGUCAUGAAUAUCCGUCAGUUCAAUUGCAGUCCCCAUCCCUACUGGCUGCCAAAUUUCAUGGAUGUCUUUACCUGGAGUCUUCCUUUUGUUGGUGAAAAGAUCACGGACAUGCUCAUGUCGGUGCUCAGCAUAUGCUCCAAGGAUGAGCUGGAGGAGGUGGACGAGUCAAGUCCGAUGUCGAUUGUGAGCCCAUUGGAAAGCGCGGAGCGCCGCCGAGCGAUUAAGAAUAAGAUUCGUGCUGUGGGCCGUAUGUCACGGGUUUUUGCCCUUCUACGAGAGGAAUCCGAGCGUGUAUCGGAGCUCAAGAGCAUUACCGGCUCGAACAAGCUCCCGUAUGGUACCCUUGCCCUUGGCGCAGAGGGGAUCAGAAAUGCUAUUGCAAGCUUCGAGGAUGCCCGGAGGGCCGACAUCGAAAACGAACGUCUUCCUCCCGCCCUGAUCGAUCCUGAAGACGUAGCGCCCACCCUCAUCCAUACUCCCCUCAGUGACUCCGUUCCAGGAACACCUCUUGAAGGUGUAUACAAUGUCGGCUCCAUGCCAGCUACCCCCGGGACAUCUCCGACGUUGGACGACUCACCCAUGUCUCCUGAUUCUCCCAUGUCGCUCGAUUCACCAUCGAGUCUUCGGGCACAAAGCUUCGGCUCGGCGAAGUCCAGUCCAUCUAAUAGGCAACGCAGCAUUGAGAGCACGAUGUCUCUUCUGCGUGAGGCAGUCGACGGGGUCGGAGAAUAAGGAUCUGGAAGGGGUGGGUUACGAUAUCAACCCUUCCCCCAAAGGCCAUCGGAAAUCAUGACAUAUGCACGACAUCGACAUACCCGAUAUACCUCGCCUCAGAUUGUACUUUAUGUACCGCAGCAUCCUCACAUGUCUCUUCGCGUUCAAUC